GAGAAGAAGCAAAAUACACAACAAAAGAAAUCGACGAUGGAUUGGUUGAUCGGAUCCUACCGCGGAAGAAACCCUAACCCUUGGUGUUCUUCCCCUUUCACUGGCUUGUGGGACCCACGUGACGCUGGCGCUGACAAUGAUGACAUCACCUCUGCUCUCGCUCACGCCCACGUUGACUGGCGUGAGACCCCCACAGCUCAUAUCUUUCGCGCUGAUCUUCCUGGGGUGCGGAAAGAGGAUCUGAAGGUGCAAGUGGAGGAGGAUAAGAUUCUGCAGAUAAGCGGGGAGAGGGUGAAGGAGAAGGAGGACCGAAACGACAAGUGGCACCGCGUUGAGCGCCAGUGCGGCACCUUCCUGCGCCGCUUCCGGCUGCCGGAGGACGCCAACGCCGACCAGAUCGGCUGCACGUUGGAGAAUGGGGUGCUCACUAUCACCGUGCCCAAGUUGGAGACCGUGCCCGAGAACAAGAACGUGAGGCAGAUCGACGUGGCUUGAUCAUGCAUGCAUGCAUGCAUGCAUAUGUGGACUUGUAAUGUGUCAAUCAGUUUUAUGUUUUUUGUGUGUAUGUUACUGUAUACGUGUCUGCGUCGUUAAUUUCAUGGAGGAAACAACGACGCUUGUGUAAUAAUAUAUAUACAAGUAAAUAAUAAUAAUAAUGGGUUGGAUCUUCUGUACUACUA